CGGCGACGAACGAUUACAAUUAGGUGUAUUGUGGAGACGCGGGUGUGUGACCAUCUUAAGUUAUGUUGGUUCAGUAAGCGCAGGGCUCAAUCUAACGUAAUUGUUUGGUGGCGUGACUAAGAAACAUUGAGGCAAACAACCAGGUCUGCGAUGAUGGCUGGCUCCUCAGCAGUUGAGUCAGACGCAAAAUUUGAUUCGUUCUACAAUGAGGUAAAGAAGAUCGAGAAACAGGAUUCGGUGCUGACAUCUGCCCAGCAAAUUGAACGGUUGCUGCGACCAGGGGCCACCUACAGAAAUUUGAACCCGUUUGAGGUUCUGCAGAUUGAACCUGACCUCCCCAUUGGUGACCUGAAAAAGAAGUACAAACGUAUGUCCAUACUAGUGCAUCCAGAUAAAAAUCCUGAUGACAGGGAGCGCGCGCAAACUGCCUUCGACAUCAUCAACAAGGCUUACAAGGCGCUAGAAGACGAGACAACUAGACAAAAAUGCAUGGAUGUUGUUGAAGAGGCCAAGUUUAAGGUGGAUAGUGCUAUCCAGGAGAAGCGUAAGAAGCUCAAGAAAGAUGGUAAAAAGGAUGUGUCUGUGGACGAAGAUGAUCCCGAAAAGUACAAGCGUGCCAUACAAGUUCAAACCAUGAAGCUCUUCGCUGAUAUGGAGAGGAAGCGACGAGAGCUAGAGACUCGGGACCAAGAAGAAAGGAAAAGAAAGCGAGAGCAAGAAAUCGAAGAGGAAGAAACCAAGAAAGCUCAAAAGGAAUGGAACAAAAACUUCGAGGAGUCUAGGGAAGGCCGCGUGACGAGUUGGCAGAACUUCAAGGCCGGAAAGACCUCAAAAAAGGCUGCCAAAGCGAAAAAGCCCCUUGGCUUCCGGCCCCCGAAGCUGAAGCCGGAACAGCGGUAGUGUGUGGGCCGAGGUGCCUCGGUUUGCCGGGCACUCGGCUGUACAGAGGCUGCAGUCCGUGUACUGUACCAUAGGGAAGCACUGACCAGGUGGCCGCGUGGUGGACGAUGUGUGGUCCUGGAGCGUCAUGUGGGUCCGGAGCAGACGGAUAGCAAGAAGCCCAAACCACCAGCGGACGGACCCGACGCACGGGACGUUGUGGAGCUCGCCAAAGAGUGGCAGUUCGGUGAAGCGACGCGGCGCCGCGCGGAAGAGUGCCAGUUCGGAGUCUUGCGGCGAGGCGACCGCACCGAAGAUCGCACCAUGUCACUGGUCUGAAGAAGCGGUCAGCGAGCGUUUGCGCGCCGGGACACGCACUGCACGUACCACUGCAAAGCCCCGUGAUGCGCAGACUGGUCAGUGUGGUGGAUGUGAGCGGAGCUGUAGUGGCUGGCCGUGCUGGCCGGUGGUAGUGUUCAGCUCAAGGUGGAGCCAGGCCGCGGCUUUUCGAUUGGGUCGCCCUUAGACUCAUGUGCUGUAUGUCAUGAGCACCACGCGCUCCUGGAAAAGAAUCACGAUUGCUUUUUGCUUGAUGUUGUGCCUAAACAUUGCACUUUUAUGUUUCUUUUCUCGUUCAGAGUAUUAUACAACCUUUUCAUUUUAGACAUGUAGUUGUGCCAAUGCUGUUGACACUUCGGGUUGUGUCGUAAUGUAAUGGUCGCAUCACCAAACAUUUUGUGAGAUAAAGUGUUCGUCUCGGGGCUCUGAGCUGUUACGGGACUGUGUCAAAGAAGCACGGCCCGCUAUUAUGGCGUGAGCUCGGUAUAAAUUCACAGUUUUACUCAUCCACAUUUAAACCGGAGAAGUCUUCGGUUAACAUGGCACGAAAUGCCUUGCUGGCUGCCCGGGUCCUGACAGCUUCAAAUUCGCGUGGUCGAUAGACUCGUGUGCGCUGUGA